CAUUUUUAUAUCGCUACAUACAUAUAUCUCGUAAUGAAUAUAAUAAAAACAGAAAAAACUUAGUAGGAAAAUAUUUGAGGGUUAGACAGUAUAGGACAAUUAAUACAGUAGUGAUAUAACUUAAUUGUAUCGUUGGAACUGUCGGAUUUUCACGAUAGAAGUUGCAUGCGAGGUAUCUAUUUUCUGUUGAAAUUGCAAGAGUGAUAAACAAAGUAUUAUCGGAACGCUAUAAAAAGUGUUAGUGAUUGCAUAUAUUUGAAAAAAACUACAAUUUUCGUAAUAAUUUUCAUAUAAUAUAAAUGGAUCAUCAUGGUGAGCUAUAAAUAGAAGUUGCUCGGUGAUGUCAAGUGAAAGGGUGGGGUCGUAACGGUUAUUGGUCGAUGUUAAAAGGGAUUCGAAACGUGAUUGGUUGAUUGUGCAACCAUUCUGGGUGGGACAUGCGCAGAAGUAUUGCGCAGGAAGAGAUUCGCCAGUUGACCAUCGAGUGAUCGCCGUUGACUGAAGAGUUCACCUCUUACAUUGAUAGUUUCGCUAUUUGUAGCUUCUUUUACAUAAUUGAAGUAUUUAUAGAUAUUUCUUAUUGAAGAAUGCAAAAUAACGAAAUAAUUAAAAUAGUAAAAGAUUCUGUACAAAAAUCCUUUCGAUUCUCAUUUCCGUUUUGUGAGGGCAGAUUCUUUGUAUAGUUGAAUGAUAAGGGCAAUGAGAAUUACGAAGCAUUUCAAGAAUUUCUUGUUAACGAACAAUUGUCCGUGAAAGUAUAUUUUAGGCUUAGAUUUACGACAUGAUCCUUUGUUUGUACUUCAAUAUGCGUUAAAUCGUCAAGAAUAACAUCAAAAUGCCACGUAUAGAUCCUCUAUCUUUAUUGAAAUGUCUUAGCGUUUUAUUGGGGCCAACUGGAGGUAUUAAAAGUAAAGAAGAAGUUCAUCGAUUGACUAAUUUAAUGACAAAGUUUUCAAAGAAACUUGUUUCAAAAUGCAUUUACAUACAAAUAUUAAAAACUACAAAUACUGAUUUACUUAGCCAAUUUAUGGGUGCUGGAGGAUGGAAUCUCGUUCAUAUGUGGCUCACUGAUGGCAUUCUUGCAAAAAAUUGGGCUCUGAUUCAAGAACUGCUUGAGCUUCUCUUGUUAUGUCCAGUAGAUAUUGAACGAUUAAAGAGCAACAAUUGUCCAAAAUUGAUAAAAGGUUUAUCAAAGGAAGGUAGUCAUCAAGGUGUUAGAGUGUUGGCUAGUCGAUUAGUUGAGCAGUGGUUAAAAAUAGUGAAAGGAGAAGCUGCACCGAAUUCUGUACCAGCACAAAUCAUGACGAUUCCGGUACAAACAACUGGGGCUUUGGGACAAAGUUUAGUUCCUCAGUCGACACAACCACAGCAACAACAGUAUUCCAUUCAUUGUGGUAUUCAACAAGUUACUGAUGGUGCAGAAAAUGCAACGGUUCAGGUGCAAGAUCUACAAUUUAUUCCAAACUCUACAUCAACUGUUGCUGUAUCUCAUGUUCAGCAGCAACAACAAUCGCAAGAACAACAACAUCAGUUGCAAGAGAGGACAACCGUACAAUCCUUACAGUUGCAAGUUGUUAGCAAACCACAACAGGUGCAAAUACAACAACAAUUGUCAACACAGCAAUCAAAAAAGCCUGCUUUUGUUGUGGUAUCCACGUCUUCUCAGUCUCCAGUUCCUGUGUAUAAAAUUACAAUUCGUGAAGGCAAACAAAUUCUUACGAAAGUGGAGACAGAUGCUGCAAAUAUUAAUAGUGUUUUAAAUGCAAACAGUACAAAAGUAGAAGUUAAUGGAGAUGUUGUGGAUGAUACACCUCCUGUGAAAGAAAAUUCUGAGGAGGAAGUAGCAUCUACGGAACUUAGUGAUGGUGUAGUCAGUGGACAAGAUUGUGAAGCAGAUGUACAAUCUGAAAAAUUAGACCAAGUUUCAAGUGAAGUGAAACAAACUGUAGUAGAUUCCACGGACGAUCUCGACGUGGACAUUGUUAAGAGUAGGGACAAUAAAGACAUUAAAGACAUUAAAGACAAUGGUAGUAGUGAAAGUAGUAAGUCUAGUAAUAAAGAAAAUCGGGACUCUACUAAAAAAGAUGAAAAAAAAUCUAGUAGUUCAGAUAAAAAAAAUCAUCAUAGUUCGUCUUCAUCUUCUAAAAGUUCUUCUAAACAUACCUCCAGUUCCAGUUCGCAUCGUAGUAGUUCCACAUCUUAUAAAUCCAGUAGUCAUCGCUCUAGUAGUAGUAGUUCAAAAAGUUAUAGUUCCAAGGACAAGUCUUCCAAGGACAAGGAUAAACAUCACUCAUCCAAUUCAUCCAGUAAACAUAGCUCUAGUAAAAGUAAAACCGAUAAAGAACGAGAAAAAGAAAAGCAGAAGAAAGAUCAGGCAGAGAAGGAUAAAGCAACUCUAGAAAAAGUACAAGGUCAAGCACUGAGUUCCAAAUUGGGGAAAAUACCGAAGAAAAAAUCAGAAGAAGAAAAGUCCGGAGAUGCAGUCGUAAGAAAAUCGUCAACGGAUUCUCGAGAUAGUUCUAAAGAAAAUAAGACUGAUUCAAAGAAAAUUGUUUCGAUCCCAGAAAAAAAGAAUAUUUCUAUUUCUAUUGAGAGUAGGAAAAAUUCUCAGGAUUCUACAUCACGACCAAAGACUGUGAAAACAUUUAACUCUAAAUUUCGAUCAACAGGUCUGGAGGAAGAAGUAAAACCUCCUCCACCUAGAUCAGCAAAAAAACCAAAUCCUAUCAUUGAUAAGAAGGUUAUACCCCAAAAAUUACCUGUUUUAAAAAGGCCAUCUCCACUUAGAGAAGCUAUUCCAACAGCGGAUAAACGAGCGAAAUUAUCAUUGGACUCGCCAACAACUCCUCCAGGCGAAGAAAAGAAAGGAGGCAUCAAAUUGAUACCACCAAAACCAAAACCGAUGGUUUUGCAAGAAAGUGAUAUGUUUAUGGAUGCUUUGACUGCAUCGACGAAAAGUAAAGAACCGAGGAAGAGGAAGCGGAGAACAUCCAUCACGAAAGACGGUCCCACGGAAGCGAAGAAACAGGAAACUGCCAGUAGCGAUAAUCGUGAUGUUACACCUCCACCCACCUCACCACCAAGUGCCGAUGAAAAAUCACCUGUAGUUGUCAAGCCUAACUUUAAGUUUUACCAAGACACUUUGGAGACAGACGAAGAUAAGGAGCAAAAAGAGAAAGAGAAUUCGGACGACGAUGCUAAGAAAGAGAAAGAAGAAACGUCCGAUGAUCAAAAAGAAAAUAGAGUAUUUAAGGCGGACGUUGAUGAUGAUGGAAGCAACACACCUACACCGGACGACGAUGUAGAAGAAAAGACUUCCGAUUCUCCGGAGGAUACGUCUUCCAUGUCAGAUUCUACAAAGAAAGAGAAUGUCGGUGCUUAUCCUGAAAUACGAUAUGUCGAUGGACUGAGAAGCGUUUUAUUGCUUCAGAAACGUAAAGGGCCGAAAAAAGUGUUGAAAUGGAAAACGGACUUGGAAUCCGUACGUUACUUCGAGUUGGAUGAAACAGAAAGGGUGAACGUGACGAAAACGUUCACUGAUAUGAAACAAAUGGAAAAACAAAACGAGAGGGAAGCAUUCCAGAUGGCCAGAAAAUUAAGUAAUGAAGAUUUGAUGGAGGAAAGAACGAGGUGGAAACCUUUAAUUCCGAUCGAUCUACCUCCUGCCUUAGUAGAGCCCGGAAAAGACAGCAGGGAGAAAGAUAUUCAAUAUGCUCGGGAGAAAGGCAUUUUACAAGCGUUAUAUUUCAACCGAAGCAUGAUUCCAGACUCUGCAGCGGAGCCUGAUGAAGAGCGUCACCAUGUAUAUAGCGAACCCAAAAUCAUUCCUUUGGACGACCUCACAGGAAAUAAAGAAAGCGAGAAAGACUUUACUUCCAUGCCGUGGCCAGAACCAAAACCGCAGUUGCAACCUCAGACACCUCCAGUUUCAAACUUCCAUUAUUCCUCGUUCCCCCAUAAUCAACAGCCAGUAAUGGCGCCUAUGGGUCCUCAAGCAUCAAUGGGACCAAUGCCUCAAAUGUCUCAGCAAAUGAUGCCACCAUCUCACAUGGGCCCGUUAGGCCCAGAAAUGGGAGGUCCAAUGUCUGCCGGAGGAGGAGGUUGGAGAACUGGAGAUGGAAAAGUUGUUGUCCCUGAUGCUAUGGGAAUGAAUCCCAUGGGCAAUAUGCCAAAUGCAUUUCCACCGGGAAUGGAAGGUGGUCCAAUGGUACCGCCUGGAAUGUUAGGACCACCGCCUAUGUAUAAUCAACAACAAGAAGGUUAUGGUAUGAUGGGUCCGGAAGACAUGGGAUUCAAUAACAUGAAUCCAAAUAAUUUCCAAGGACCACCUGGUCCUUUGUACGGUCCUGGGCCUAACUUUCAAGGUCCCAGAGGUGGCGGCCCAAUGCACGGCAGAGGUAGAGGAGUUCCUGGACCUGGUUGGUACAGAGGUGGUGGGGGACCACCGGGGAGAGGAGGAUGGAGAGGAGGUGGCGGAUGGAGAGGAAGUGGAAAGCAGCCUCCCGUGUGCAGACAAUUUUCGAAAAAUGGUUACUGUCGGGUUGGUGAUAAAUGUCAGUAUCUUCAUCCCGGAGUGAACUGUCCACCGUUUUGAAAAUAGUUGAAGUGAUGAAAGGAUUUAUUGGAAUUUUCGUGGGUAGCAUAAUAUGAAUGUUCAUUCUACUUAAAGUGAACCAACGAGAAUGAAUAAAAAUCGUAUCGGAACGAGAUCGUAUGAAAAAUAUCAAAUUAUAUUCGACACAAGCUUAUAUUAGUCGAGGAAAUUGAUUAUAACGUGCAAUUUUCUAUUAAUUAUGCAAAGAAUCAGGCAGAUAAUAUGACAUUUAUACACGUAUAUUUUCUCAAGAUUGAAUGGUAUACAAUAACUUUCGAUUCUUUUGCAUCGUGUAAUAUGGAAAGUGAAUAUUACAAGAAAAAAAUUCCGUGAUAGGUUUAUUUUUUAUGAACAAUAUCGUGCAGAAUUUUAAUAUCGAAAGCUGCUUUGAAUUCGAAAUAAUAAUGAGAGAAAAACAAAUAGGUUCGUCGGCUGCUGGACGGCAAGAGGUUCCUACACAUUACUUUUUAUUAUAAUUUUAAACAGAUAUUUAAUGAAGUCUGAAAUGAUAUUAAAGAUACUUUUUAUUUAUCUGUUUUCUUAACAUAUUAAUAAUUGGAGUCUCGUAGAACAAAAUCUCGAUUGACAUGUCUUCCUUUUUCGUUCAUAAUUUACAGAGAGUAGCCACUGCCGAAAAUAUGGUUGAAGUAAUUAUAAUAAAAACUAAAAUGUACGGGAUCGUCGUAGAUUUUAAUCUUAUUGGCAUGACGAGUGAUGAUUUCAAAGUGUAUGACGCUAUAAUGAGCAGAAAGUGCAAAUUCCAAUUUAAGAAGCAUUUGUCUUUCAGAUUGCCACAUGGGUGUCUAAUCGCUUUCUACUAAUGAAUAUAUGUAUGUAAUUAAAAUACUGUUGAAAUGAAUCGAGGGUAAUAUACAACGGAAUAUUGUAACACCAAAAGUUCAAAUAAUAAGUUAAAUAACUUUUUAUUAAAUUAAGAUAUCUUACAUUUAGUCGUGUAUGUAGAUCGAUUGUAAAUAUUAUAAUUGUACCAUUUUGUAUAAAAUCUCGCUAGCUCUAAUAACAAGAGACUGUUUUAGGCUUAAAUAAUAUGUAAUAAUAUAAAAGAAAGCAAGUUUUUAGUAAAGACGUGUAUGUAUAAUUUGAAAUAGUGAAGUGCAAAACGAUCGGAUGUUUGUAGAAUACCUUUUCACGUGUGAAGUUGAACAUGUAUUCGACAAACGUGAUCGCUAGCAUACUAUUGUAUUAAAUAUUUUUUACGAAUUAAAGGUAGUGGUUAUUUUUUUGUA